GUCCCCUUUACCAAGUCACAUGGAACCAGUCAGCCUUUUGGACAUUACGGCAUCCACUCAUGCACAGCUGCUCUAAGUGGCUCCAAGAGUAGCGUGCAAAAAGAAAAAUAUGUCUGGAGAAAAGGACAAUUAUGAAGGUGGCCCGACAACACCACAAGACAAUCCUGAAGAUUUACAUCACAAUGAUGGCCUGACGGGACGACACGUCAAACCUGGAGAUUUACAUCAUAACGGUAGCCUGACAGUACUACACAAACCUAAUAAUUUUGUUGCAGAGGAUUUUCCAGCAUUUGAAGAAUCUACAACAGCAGUAGCAAGGACAGAAGCUGUGAAUAUAUGGAAAGGCCAACCAACUUCAUCGGCAGGGACUGUCAGUAUCUCAGCUUCUCUGGCUGUGCUGCUGUUUGGUGUCGUUCUGUUGAUUAUUUUCCUGUUCAGGAAGAAAUGUCACAGAGGGUAUGGACGCACACAGAGCAGGAUGAGCGCUCGUGCAGGAAACCACAAUGAGUUUGCUCUUGCAGAUGACAUAAAUUAUGAGGUCAAGGAAGAUGACUGCCCCUCACAACUGACCAAACCUGGCCAUCUCUUCACUGCACACCAGAGUGAUGACCACACACAUCGCCACGUUACCUGCUCUGCCACUGCAUGUCAACGACCUCUCGCACAGCAUGCCUCGCACAGUGUAAUUCAAAUGCAUGCCGUCCCGACUGAUGAGUUGGCUGAAAGGUCAGUCACCCACAAUCCCUUGCGAUGAUGAUCAUGUGUCCAUCACCCACAAUUACAAAUCCAUUGAUGAACAUUGUUACAGUACUGCUCAAUUACCCAUAACUCCCACUGUUUGUAGUACUCUUCAACUGGACACAGUUCCUUGCAAAGAGCCUACCUACUGUAAUGUUCAAUUGUUUUUAGAUAUGGCUUUAUUUCUGAUUUCUCUUUGUUUUGUCAUUAACAACUGAACAUACCCCUGAGACGCACUCUGUUAAUGAUAUUGCAUUGCUAAAAUAAAUGUCUUUGUGU